AUGGACUUGAUCCUUCCAGAAGUCACACAGAUAUUGCUGGCUUUGGUGCUGUUUGCCUCCCUCAUACCUUCCUAUGAGCUUGGACUUGCUGUCAUGAACAAUGCAACAACUGGUGUUGCCGUGUUUGGUCUUCUCGUGGCUGUCCUUCUGCAGUUGUUUGUAUGGCUUUUAUCCUCCCGUGUUUUUGAAUCAAUACAGUUGAAUCUUCCAAGUGGUGCUCAACAGAGCACAAUCGGAGCUUAUGUCACAAAUGUUUGGUUUUUCCGGGUUCAAAACUUGGUGGAACUCCUGCUAGCCGGAACACCCAUGUUUACUCACUAUGUUCGCAUAAUGGGAGCUGAAGUGAAUGGUGACUUUUGGUACUUUGGCAAUGCUAUCUAUGAAUAUAACAAACUCCACAUUCAUGGCAGCACCAUUGUGGACAGCUCCAGCUUGAAUGGCCACUAUAUGGAUGGCAAUGGGUUGACUAUUGAUGACACCUGCAUUUUUGGUGUUCUUCAUCCUGGUUGCUUCGCAGUUGCUGGAUCAAUCGCCUCUGGAGAGAAUGGUCCAUGGAAAGUAAUCUUGGGCAACGGUUGUGCCCAAGCCUCUGCUGAUUUUGGGAGUGCCACAGCUUCCAAGUGCAUGGAACAACAUCCCGUGGUCGUUGUGUAA